AAAACAAUUUACUACAGUACACAACAGAAACUUACAUUUGGUGACAGAAGUGAGGGGAUUCAAUCUUGAGUCUGGACAUUUGAAUAGAACAGCAAUCAUAUUGCCGCUCAUUUUCUAUGAAUUGUCCAUUAUUUUGAAAUAAACGCGUUGAGGAAAUUAAGCAACUAUAUUAAGCACUGAACCGUUAAUUUUCGAUGUGCACAGGAUCAGAGUUCCUUCCGGGAAGUAGUUCAGCUCUUGCUUUGCACCUUCUAGCGACCCGUCUGUAUCCAUGGCAACGUCGUAGCCGCCAUUGUUUUAUGGACGCGAACCCACUAGCACCUUUCUCGUUUCCAUGUGCGGUGAGCUGAAGCAGUUCACUCGCUUUGCCGUGGACGAUUUUUCUAAUCCCAUCCAGACCCACACCGAGCGUUUGACGCUAGAAAGGCUUAUGUUCCCCGCUACCGUGCAACAAGGACAUGGACUAGCGUCUUCCUGCCUCUGCUCUACCGCCUUUUCCAAACAGCCUCCAGCACCAGACUUCCCGGAGAUGUGACGUUUGCGCUCGUAGAAAAUGACCGUCCUUCCCGUUUGGAGGCUGUCCCUUCCGCUGCCUGCUAUAAUCUUCAUCAGUGUCGCCUUCUACAUGCUCGUCUUGGCGCUCGGACUUUGGAUACGAUUCUGCCUCAAGGAGAGGUGUUCGCUGGCGUGCGACUCCUGCUGUCCAAACCUGUCGCUGUGGGACCAAUGCUUCAGACUAGCACAGUCAUGUGACUGUCGCCUGCCCACCAUGCGCUCGUGUCUGAGAGACACGUGCACGUCCCCCUCGUGCGGCAGGUGGGACUGCGCGUGCACGUGCCAGCCUCCCGAGUGCGACUCCUGCAACUGUCUCUGCUUCGAGAUCCGAAUUAAAUAGUUGCCAACAGGAAGAAGCGCCAGGUUGCCAUUCGUCCAGCGGCCACUAGAUGGCGGCAAGGAUGCAGCUACAUGAACAGACCAACAUGGACGUCACUAGGAUGCUUUUUUUACCUUUUCAUGUCAAGUGUUGAUUUUCUAAUUGUUACUAUUUUUACGUUUUUUUCCAUUAAACCCAAGUGCUUAAA